AUGUUGACCCCGAAAAGAAAAUAUUUUUCGUCUUUUUCGGGAAAUUGCGGUUCACCAAAUAAAAGCAAUAAUAUUAGGACAAGACCCUUAUCACCUACCCGAAAUCUUAAUUGUGUUUCUCCCACUAAAGGCGAUUUGCUCCCCUGGGUUAAAGAAGGAGUUUUUUUACUUAAUACUGCCUUAACGAAAGCUAAAAGAAUCGGUGAAGAAUGUCAAAUUGACAGUGAAUAUAGCCUGGCUAGUGCUCACCCCUCUCCUUAUAGUGCCGAACACGGAUUUUUUGGCUCCUGGCAAUGUUUGCAACAACCUUCUCCUAAAUUUCCUUCCG